AUGGGACUGAAGGGGUUCUACCCUUGGCUCCGCAAGAAGAGAGAUUACCAUCCCACGCUUCGUCACCCCAUGCACCACCACCUACCUGACGGCGCCACUAUUCGCGUAGAUGUACUGUCCUUCUUCAAUAAUAUUCGCGGGAUCUACACGAGGCAUGCAGACAACAAGACAAGGGCGCAUGCUAUCCUCUUUGAGCAUCUUAAGAAAUAUGGGAACCCCUCGCGCAUGGUGUUCUAUGUCGACGGCGCCCCUGCUCUCGAGAAGAAGGAGACUCACCACGAGCGAAACGAGAAGCGAGUCAAGGCCCUCAAGACCGCCAAGGUCGCCGUCGAGACGCUCAGCAACCGCGUCAGUCAAGGCAAGCCGCCCACCAAGCAGAUGUUCAAGAAUGUCGAAAAGAGUCUCCGUGGAGGAUUCAAGUGGUCCCUCCGAGAUCGGGAGGACUUCAUCAAUUUUCUGCAAGGUCAACAGCUUGACGCGCGCCUGUGCAGAACCGAGGCCGACAUUGACAUCGCUGCAGAGUGCCAACCCAAGGACGUUGUUCUAUCUCAAGACUCGGACUUCUUCGCUUACGAUUCGGUCACGACGUUCUGGCGUCCUGUGGGCAAGCGGUACGAGGUCAAGGUCCUCGAAUACAACAUGGAGGCGGUGCUGGCCCAGAUAAAACUGUCGACCACCAAGCUCACUGCCCUGGCAUGCGUCUCGAGUAAUGACCAGAACAAGAAUAUCCCGUCGAUGGGAAUUGCCACCAACUACAGCAUUAUUAAGGAUCUACCCGAUGCAGACGUGCCGUCCCUGGUGAAGGAGUAUCUCGAGAGUCCACGCGUGGUCUGCAGCUAUCAAGAAGGCAUCGACUUCACGGCCUCUAUUCUCGUGUUCACUACAAUGACUCAGGAGAUUGCUGUUCCAGCGGGCGUAUCCUCUGUUUCGUUGCCGUCAUCACAGCCAGCGACGCCUUUGACGACCUCCCCUGCAUCUUCCCUGUCCUACGAGCUGCUCUGUCAGCAGUACAAGUCGGUCAAGGACCAGCAUGCCAGAGCCAAAGAACAGAAGAGCCAAGGGAAUUUGGGCAUCAAGAGCGACGCCAAACCCAAUCGGCAGGGCAAGCACAAGGAGUUUAGAAGGCACCGUGUGAUCGACCGGCCAGCUCACCAGCCUGGAGUCUCGCGACAGGUGCACCGGCCGCGGCAUUCGUACAAGACACGCCCAGAGCCGCAGCAGCACGAGCAACCAUCGAUCUGCAAGCAAUACCAGCGAAAGCCCUACACGGCGGAGCAUGAGGCACGGUACCGGCAGUCGAUAGCUGAGGCCAAGGGAAAGAAGGCGAAGAAGAAGCAGCAACGAGAGGCUCAACGACUCAAGAAGGAGAAGGAACUAGCCAAGAAGCCACCGCUCAAGAUCGACGAGAUGGACAAGAUGCACCUGAUCAAUGCCAUGGUGUGGGAGCAUCCCCUUGUCUCCCUUCCCGUCGGCACAGUCAGCGCUAACAGCAAGCGGGCAGCGGCAGCAGCCACCACCAACGCCAGUCAGCUCCUCUCAUCUGAGCAGCAACAGCAACAUCAGCAGCAAGAGGUCUUUGCAUGCAUCCUGGAGGUUGUCGGGCAAGCUCGUAUGACGAAGAGACACGCACAGGAGUUUCUGGGAGCAUUCAUCGAGACUGUCUUUGAGCGUGGUCUGACCGAAGACGACCGAACCAUCCUGUCCUUUUUGUGUCCCGCCGUCGAGUCCAAGAUCCGUGUGAUGCCCCAACCCAACCAGGGCUCUCAGGCAACCAGCAGCAGUCCUGCUGGCACUCCCACUGGCACUCCCGCUGAGGAUGAAGACGAGGGAGACGCGGAAAUCCUGCUGGCACACAUCUACUCCCGCAAGAUCAAGUCCAAGACGGUUGCUGAGCGGCAAGUCGGUCAACUGCUUGCACGUGCCACCUCCCUGGACAUCACAUUGCCCCCUGUUCCUCAACGUACCGUCUCCUACCCAACCACCGGGUUGCUCGAGUCGACCACCACACAACUUUACCGCUCAAUCAAGAUGAUGUAUCGCAACGGCUCGGUCGCCCUUGAGAAGAAGAUCAACUCACAAGCGGAUGGCCAACCUGGCACGGUACUUCCCAAGAUCGACUCCAAGCUGCCUGCCAUCGAGAAUUACCUGCUUCUGAACAAGGCCAGUGGCGGAUCGAGACGUAUUGCACCCCUCUCACCCCUGGCAGCUCGCUACGUUGGCUUCUCUGAGCGGAAUUUACUCCCGCUGUUCUGGCACUGGCCAACCCUCAAGGACAAGAUCCGGCGUAUGAUGGUCGAGGAUCGCUACUUUCAGGAUCCAGCCAUAGUUCCCUCGCAGGCUGACGCUAUGGAGUGGCUAGCCAGGACGACGCCUGGCCGCCUUGUCACCACUUUCCUGACGGAUGUCGGUCUCCCGCCAGACAAGCACGACAAGGGCUACCGCAAGGUGACAAGAGUCAUGGAUAUGGACGGCAAGGAAGGGCUCCGGGAACACCUCGGAUGUCUGCGGGCCGAGACGUUUGACCCCAAGGAGUGGCACAGCAAGGGUUAUGUUCUCAAGGGCUCGAUCCGGACCAAUGGCCAUUUGCUACAGCUGCUGGCAUUCAAACUGAAGGAGCUCCAGUCUGUCCGGUACCGCCGUGUUCCCGAGGACAGGUUGCCCAACCCGCUCGUCACCACCAUUGGCGGCACCAACAGAUACCUGACCGAGGCCCGCAAUGUCCUCUCCACAACUGCAGAUGUGGAGAGCCUGUUGGCUGCUGAUCCGAGUCAGGUCGCGGUACUGUCGCUCGAUUUGGGUACCUCCUGCAUCGUCGGCGCCACCGUCUCCCUACCACUUGGCCAGACUCCUGCCACAUUGAAGCGACCCCUCGGCAAGGAGGGCGACCAGAAGAAGAAGAAGAAGAAGAAGAAGAAGAAGAAGAAGACAAGGCGUGCCAAGCGGAAGCCCGGUGAUCGGAAGCGGCAGAGGAAGAGGCAGAAGGCGCGCAAGUUGACCAAGCAGCCUCAGACGACUCGAUACUUUGAUCUGGUGGUCAAGCGCAACGCCGUGUCGCGGCCAACGGACAGCUUUUCCAACUGGCUUGAGGACCGGAAGGUGAACACCACCGGAGCAUCUACCGGCAGGACCAUCCAGGAUCUCGAGUCUGCCCUGCCACCGCUCAAGGGAGAAGGCGCCUCGUUUUGCGAGUACGUUGCAGCGCGUCGGGGUUUUGAGGGCGACAUGAACGACUUUUACAACAACACCAACUACUGGAAGCACCAAUGGGAUGCCAACGUUUGUCGGAAGGAGGAGUUCUGCAAGGUCGCCGAGGGCUUGCUAAACAUGAUAGGUGGAUCUGUCGGACGGUCAAGGAUGCCGCACCAACUUGUUGUGAUCGCGAUCGGUCUAGCCAAGUUUACUGCUGUGAAUGGCCCGCCAUCACUCGACGGCACGUUUCAGACAUUUUUCGUCAAUCUGGCUCGUUCGUUGGGCUACCUGGUCAUCGGGAUCAACGAGUAUUACUCGUCCAAAAGAUGCCCAGACUGCCAUGACUUUGUUUGCGCGACGUCGGAAUGGCGGACCCUGUACUGCAAGACCUGCAAGCGCUUCCGACAGCGCGAUGUGAUGGCGUCAGAGAACAUGAACAAUGCCAUCAAGGACCACCUAAUCCACCAGCAGCGGCCGCUUUACCUCCAACCUCGGCGUCAAGACGGAUCUUACCCAUGGAUGGAUGUCACUGCUGGUGGCGGUAGUGGUGAUGGUGGAGGAGAAGCAGGCGGACCAUCAGCUGAGGCCAUGGACAGCAGUGGAAACGGAGCAGGCGGUAGUGGUGGCGGAAGAGCAGCAACAGCCAGAAGGAGACGUGCCGCUUCGAUCGUCUCGGUCGAGGCCCCCAACACCGACGUCAAUCCCACGGCUAAUGCACCCAAUUCUUCAUCCAGCCACACCAAGAAAAAAGCAAAGAUGUGA